AUGCCACCAACAAAGGAAAUUAAUUACAAAUCUAUUUGUUCUAUCGAACCAGCUGCUGCUGCUAACCCAUCCCGACCACCCAAUGCAAAUACUCUAUGUUCCCAACGAAAUACCAAAGAGACGUAUUUAGAAGCGGUUCGCAUAAUUUUGUUACUUUUAGAUAACAUAAUUAAUCAUCCAAGCGAAGAUAAAUAUCGUACGAUACGAAUGGAAAAUAAAACUAUUAAAGAAAAGCUAUUAACAUUGGAAGGUUGUGAUGGACUCUUGACGGCCAUUGGUUUUCGUCGAACCAAUGAUUUGUAUACGUUACCAAAAGAAUCAUCUUUGGAUAUAAUACAGGAAUAUCGUGAUGCCUUGGCGAAACGUAGAGAAUUUUGGUUAAAUAAAAAAGAUGAUGUUGCCCAAACGAUAACAACAAAUUUAAAUAAUAUGAAUGUCCAGUCCACACAAUCUUUGGUUCCCAUACAAGCUUCGAGGCCCUACAGACAACGAAUUACCUUUCCUCGGGUUUUGCGUACCACCAAUAAAUUUCUCGAAUCUUUGGAACAUUAUUCCGAUGCUGUAAUGCAAUAUGAAGAUGAAAAGUUAUUGGCUGCCGGUCGUCAAUUAAUACCCAUUGAUGAAUUAACCCAAAGGGCUAGUGAAACACUAAUAAGGAUACAAGAAGAAUCGUCAAAGGCUGUGGAAGAGGGUAAACCCGCCUUGAAGGAACCCUGUAUACGUGAUUUAAUUCUAGUUGAAUUGGUGGCAUGGUUUAAAAACGACUUUUUCGAAUGGGUUAAUUGUCUGCCCUGUAAAGUUUGUGGCAGUGAAGAAAGUAAAUUGCGGCGUACCAUAACCGAAGGUGAUUGUCGCGUUGAAGUUGGUAUAUGUUGUGGUCAGGAGACGAAAUUUCAUCGUUAUAAUGACAUUGCCCAACUGUUGGUAUCACGCAAGGGACGUUGCGGAGAAUUUGCCAACUGUUUUACAUUUUUGUGUCGUUGCUUGGAUUACGAUGCGCGUAUUGUUCAUCCUCUGUUUGAUCAUGUGUGGACAGAGGUUUAUUCUGAUUCCCAAAUGCGUUGGUUGCAUGUAGAUCCCUCCGAUAAUGUGGUCGAUUCACCACUCAUGUAUCAACACGGCUGGAAGCGUAAUAUCGACUAUGUAUUUGCCUAUUCGUGUGAUGAUAUCCAAGACGUUACAUGGCGUUAUUGUAACAAUCACAAAGAAACUCUGCAAAAACGCCGUUUUUGCACCGAAACUGAGUUAAUAGAGGCACUGCUUACUAUACGUAAGAAACGACAGGCCCAUCUAAGUGAUGAACGUAAGAAAUUGCUAAGUCAACGAUGUAUGGUGGAGUUGAUAGAAUUAACGGUGGAAAGAUCCCCCACCGAAAACGAAUUGAAGGGUAGAAGUUCGGGUAGUUUGGCAUGGCGCCAAUCUAGAGGUGAACAUUCUUUUGAAAAUAUUUUUGAAUUCACUUUAAUGGAAGAAGAAGUGAACAACAAACAAUUCAAUUUGCGCUAUUCGUGUUCCAGUGAUAACUAUGAACGUUAUAUUAGAGAUUCCUCGGGUCUUUGUCGCACAAUAACGCAAUAUAAAACCUGGCAAAGUUGUCAACAUUCAUCGAAAAAUAUUUUACGCAAAGUAGAACGUGAUUGGAAAAUGGUCUAUUUGGCACGUCAGGAAGACAGUGAUUACGGCGAACUAGUGUGGAAAUUUAAUUUCACCCAUUCCCCGUUAAAAGUGAAAUCCCACAAAUUGACAUUGGAAAAGAAAACAUUUGGUGAGGGUCAAGUGGAGGUUGUGAUAAGAGAUGGCGAAACCAAAGAAGUGCUAACAUCUCUAGCGAAUUGUAAAUCUUUUGAAAUUUGUGCCAAAUUAUCCGGUGGUAAAGGUGAUGUGUCCUGGCAACAUGCUCAGCUAUUUCGUCAAUCUUUAAAUUCAUCGGAAUAUCCAUUUGAUUUACAAUUAGAAUUUGAAUAA